UAUCUCAUGGCAUUGUUUUCGUCGUAGGAACAACGAUGUUGGUAUUCCACUAAUCCUGUCAAAAUUAACGCGUGUUUUCGCGUAGCUAAAGGCACAGCUCAUUCAUGCAUUCGUUUCCAUGUUUGCUGGACUGUGUCAUGCCGCUGAAAGUCGUUCUAAAGAACUUCCUGAAUCACUUUGAAACUUUGGAAGCACGCAAGAAGCUCGGGGACGACCUCUUCGAAGCCGAAUUUCAGAGUCUGAAAGAACUUACCGAGCGGCUCAAGCAUGACCCGGAAUAUGCCUGCACGGAAGGUCAAAAAGAAGUCAAUCGAAAAAAGAACAGAUACAAGGACAUUCUGCCAUACAACCUUUCAAGAGUCAUUCUUUCGGAGUACCCUGGAGUUCCUGGGUCUGAUUACAUCAAUGCCAACAUGAUCAAGGGCGCCAGCGGCUCGAGGGCGUACAUUGCGUCCCAGGGGCCGCUGCCGACCACGGUCAUGGACUUCUGGAGGAUGAUUUGGGAGUGCGAGGUUCAGGUCAUCAUCAUGGCCUGCAACGAGAAGGAGUCCGGGAAGUACAAGUGCGAAAGAUACUGGCCCAGCGAAGGAGACAAGAAACAGUACGGGAAUAUCACAGUAGAGUUGGUGAAGUGGAAGCAGGUGUGCCCCGACUUCCUGCUGCGCACCCUGAAGGCCCGGUGCGGCAGCGAGGAGCGCACCCUGUGCCAGUUCCACUACUGGUCGUGGCCAGACCACGGGGUGCCCACGUCCGUCGGACCCAUCGUGGACUUGGUCCGGUUGGUGCGGGACUGCCAGGCGUCCGAGGCCCUUCCCGUCCUGGUCCACUGCAGUGCUGGCUGUGGGAGAACUGGCACCAUUUGUGCCAUCGACUACGUCUGGGGCCUGAUGCGGGUGGGGAAACUCAAUGAUGCUUUUAGUCUUUACCAAAUCAUUCGAGAGAUGCGGAUGCAGAGGAUAGCGAUGGUGCAGACGAAGGAGCAGUAUGUGCUGGUCCACCGGGUGGUGGCAGCGCUGUUUGAGCAGCAGCUCCGUGUCAUAGACAGCCACACGUACGAGAACUUGGACGAGGAUGGGGAGCCCCUCCUAGGGAAGGGGCCGCCCGAGGGCAACGGCGACAAGAUCUACGAGAAUCUCGACGAGCUGGGGCUUGAGGACGGCUCCAAGGAGGACAAGGAGAAGCACGAGAAGUGUGACGAGGAGAAAGAAGUGACAUCCGGCGGCGAAGAACCAACAGGGGUUUCGGCUGCAGCUCAAGAAAACGGCAGCAACGAAGCGAGAGAUGCUCGCCGGAGCCAACGCGACCAGCGCUCGCUUUCCUGGAGCCCAGAACCCCACUCCCACGAGACGUCUUCUUCAAUCCUUUCCUCUUCUGACCCAAGGGGGAGCUCGCGGAGUUCGGUGAUCACGGACGACGAGGACAGCCAGUCGUGCAAGGACGAAAUCCCCAGAAAGUCCCUCGGCAAGAAGAAGAAUGUCGCGGAAGAACAGUCCAGCAGGUUCGCGGCGGCGCUGUGCCGAACCCGGAGCCUCUCCGCUACUAACGUGGCAUCGCUGGCGACGACGACCACCGGAGAGCGGAAAGAAGGGAGCGGCAAGAUCGUCGGGAAGGCGACCGUGAUCCGGCGGCCAAGCAUCGCGAGGCUGAAGGCCCUCUUCGAGAAGUCGGAUUCGGACGACCUCGUCGGAGCGGAGACCACCAGAAAGCGGCCCGUGUUUCGGAGCUACAGUCAGAGGGUUGCACCGAGACAGCCGUCGGUGGCGCAAGUUCCCGACGGAGCGCAAGCUGCGCAGGCUUCUGCGACCAGGCCAUGGAUUGCGAAGCGGAAGAGCCUGGGUCCGUCCGCCCGGAAGGCGAAGGAGUUCCGAGGUCAGGAGAAGAGCCAGCGGCAGGCCACCGAGGCGAACUCCAGGAAGAGCACCAAGCCGGCGCCUUCCAGUGCCCGGACUAAGGUGUCUGUGGCACCCGUGCAGAAGGAAGAGGCUCGCACCGAUGGAAAUGCGAAAGAGCACAAUGUUCCGGUCAGCUGGUACGGGACGGGGAGCGGGGAGGUCCGGGAGAAGAACGGCCUGUACAAGUCGUUCAGCAGCUCGAAUUUGGUCGGGCUCGGCGUUCGGACGACGAAUGGUAGUCAGGUUUCCGAGAGCGUUCUGGCAGUUGCAAAGAGUUCUCCUUCGAGCGACACGGUCGUGAAGUUUGGCCAGCAGCGCGACCUCCCUCCGCAGCUGCCCACCAAGAAGCGGACAGCGCAGAUUCUUUACGCUCCCGUCCCGUUCCGCAGCUCGGAGGCGGCGAAAAGGUCGCAGACUCUUUCGGCGCCGCCGCGGAACUCGAAUGACGUCAAGAAGGAGUUUCAACCGCAGCGGAGUAGCAUCUACGACUUCCUUCCCAGGAAGAGUGCAGACGAGCCUCCGCGGCUUCCGCCCAAGAGGACGAAGCCGACCAAGCCUCUGGUGCAGCCGGUUCCGAUAUCGGCGCUGAACAAUACCUAUGUGAACGUCUCCGACAUGCUUCUGGCGAGGAACGAGCUGAUGUUGCGUCUCGGGGACACCCGCUACACCAAUGUAAGCCUCGAAACGAAGGAAAACCUGAGCCAGAUUGAGAACACCAUACGCCAGCACCCCAGGGGAGCUAUCAUUGACCUCACUUCCAGAAAGUCCUUCAACGAUCCCGCCGCUCCGGCCCCAAAAUACGAGCAGGUUUGGGACGGACAGCCACUCAAAUGCAAGCAGACGGAGCGGGACCCGAGCGAAGCGGGCAAUGCGUCUGCCAAGCGACCCGACACCCUCGGUGAAGUCCCGGAAUCUGCGGUGGAAAAUGCUUCGAGCAAAGAGAAGUCGGCGACUCUUCCUUCGGCCUUCCGCACUCACAGUCGGGACAUGCCCCAGUCCGCGAGACAGGUGCAACAAAACGCGCUGUCGGACCAAGACACGUCGGAUAUUGCCACGACGCAGGACGAGAGGUCGGGGACGGAGUACGAUACGCUCUUUGCGGAAUCCAGCGACGCUACCGAAACGGACGAUCCCUAUGGGAAGGGGCUGGCCAAGAGCGCAAAUCUCGCCGGGUUCCAAACCUGCAACCAGGGUUUUAACGUCGGCAGCGACGUGGGACGUGUUCCGGUCGGCUUUUUUCAGGCUGUUCGCAGACACCCGUCUCCCAUGGUGGCCAAAACGGAAGUCAAGCAUCCCCUGCCGGCGUACGAAACCAUCUACCCGACACAGUCUCCUCCCAUGUUCGUACCUUGCUACAGCCCGGAAGCGAUGACAUAUUCAAAGGUUAACCCACCACCAAAGCCGCCGCGCACGUUCGACUACGGAAACAGGUACGACGGGGGCCGCCUCAUUGUCUCGGUCGUGUCGCCCAAAAAGAGCCAGCCUUCAGAGAGCAUCUACCAGGUCCCGCCUCAACCGCGGGUGCGGCCCUCCAUUUCGCGACCUUUUCAAGGCCCUUCCACUACCUCUGAGGUCGUGGACUUCACCUCCGUCCCCAUGCCAACGUUCGGCACCGUUCCGUUCGUCCCCUUGUACCAUCCGCGGCACGCCGGCGUGCAGCAGACACAGCACGACUACGAAAACGUAUACGCCGCCCAUGCGCCGGCGUUCCAAUUUCCUCGAGACGAGGCGAGGCCUCGUGGAGCGGGGAUAGUGAAGCAUCACUCGGAGUACCGACCUCCCGGGAAGGCGCCCCUUCGCGAAUCUGCUUCGGGCAAGGUGUCCCACCCGACCAAGGCCCUUCAGCAUUCGUUCUCUGAUGCCGGCGUUUACGGAGCUCUUCGGGGACAGCAGCUGCAGCCCCUGCAACAGCAGACGAGCGUCCCUGCCGAGUAUGCAGUGGUUGUGAGACCCAAGAGGCCUUGUGCGGCCCAGGGGCCGCAGCGAAGGUUCGUGGUCGCGGAGGACAACGUUUCAACGAGCCUGCGGGGACCCGCCGCUCCACCGCGAUCCAGGAGACAGGCGCCUCUCGAGUCCACUGAUUCAUCCGACGGGAUCGAGCCAAAGGUUGAAAGCAGGGAGGAUGCUGCCGACGUGCCUCAAGCGCACCAGAAAUCAACCUCCCCAAAAGCUGCCCCACGACUCAAAGGUCAGGCAAAAGAAGGCAGUGGGAGUGGCAGUGAGGGCAGUAGCUCCAUCUCUGGGACCCUGAGCAAGGCCUUUGGGAGACUCAACCCCUUUUCCAAGGUCAACGCCAGUUCCUGCGAGGAGUUGAAAAAGAAACCCUCUCCACCAACAAAAGGAGGGGUGUCGUCCAAGAAACCCACCGUCCCCCACAAGCCAGCCAACAUAUCUGUGCUGCGUGGAGCCAAGGGCCCCAAACCACGGGCCCCAGCUGUCCCAACCGCUGAACCCCCCACCCCUUGUCAGCAACAGCAGCAGCACGAAUCUUCAGCCACGGAGCACUGGACGCAAGUGUAAUUGCCACAAAGGGGGUGAUGUGGUUCGGAAAAGAAAAGGGGGGUGGGGUGGGUUUGGUCAGUUGGAUACUGUAGGAUGAGAAAUGCUAGGGGACACAUGUGACAUUGUUAUGUACCCCUCUAACAGUUGAAUGUUCCGUUACAUAAGUGCCUUGAUUCCAGAAUGGAAAGGUGGGCCAGUUGGUGCAUUGCUUCGAAAAUAAAAGCGCCAAGAAACGGGACAAGGAAGUUGAGACAAACAUUUACUUGGUGCUUUUGUUUUCGCUGCCUCGUUCCGUUUGCGGAUUGCAUUCCCAACUGUGCCACAGGAGAGACCGUGAAGAUUGGGGCGGUAAAAAUUCUUCUAAAGGCUUCUAAUAUGAGGGCCUGCAACAAGGAGAGGCACCAUUGUUCUCGUAGCAGUUAACUAUAAUGCUGACAGUUCCUGGAAGAGAACAGAAGAGAAAUGUCACAGAUAUAUUUAUUACAUUUUGGAGAUGUGUGCAAGUAAAGAGCAAACACAUUAGCUGGCUGUCUCAACUUUAUGAAACAGUGAAGCAGCACGAGUCGCUUCGUCAUCUCCUUCAACUCUUUUUAGCGGCGCGUCCGCGAUGAGUCUAGUUUCAUAUUCCGUCCAGCAUUCUGGGCCCCAUUGCACAUUGUGCGUGCAGUCUGAGGACCUUAGAAAUGUGUGAAAGUCGCCCUUGCAGGCAUUCAAGGAAGUGCUGCGAAGGAGAAGAGCCAGUUGGACUGUCAACUGAUUCUAAAGGAUUCAAACUUCAAUAUGUUGUACUGUAGCUGCCUGUUCAUCUGCAGAGGUGCUCUUUUUGUUAGUGUAGUUAGUAUUUGAUCGUUCCAUGUUCACAAGGUGUCCUGCGGGCUUAUGCGUGCAGGUGCCUUGUUGAGCAUGAUGCAGCGUCCUUAGGAGUAAUAUAAUUGCUGGCCGUUCUGCAAUACUUUUUUUCUAGUGUAUUCUGCCGGCAAGCGAAAGGUUGUGCUGAGCGUUCAAAGCAAUGUUGUGUGUACUUUGAUAGCCGUGGUGCUGCAUAGAGUAGUAGUAGUAUUUAUUUUAGACGAGACAAAUUGUGCAAGCUCUGCUAUGCAACAAACGUGUCUGCUACUUCACUAACAUCUGCAGUGCUGACAAAAGGCAUGGGUGCGAGCUUUGGAAGUUGCUGUUUAUGUUCGAGUUCUCAUACAAACUAAGCUUUCCGCCGAGGUAAGCUCACAUGGCUGUGCCUUUGUCUACAGUGUAGAUACUUGUGAGACGGAGUAUAGCAGUGGUGCUUUUUGCAAUUUUUGUUUUUGCAUUGUAAAUGCACAUCCCAUGUGUCCUGUAUUUUAAUGUUGACAGUUUUACACACUUUUGGUGCAGAUUUAUUGUGCCCUUUCUAAGCUAAGACUGUUUUCCAGCAAAGCGAUUGUUGCUGACAAAGUCUGAUAAUGUGUGAAGCAGCAAUCAAGUACUGCUUUGGCUAAAAAAAAAAGAAAGAAGAUUGUGUGAUUGAACAUUGUUGUCCAUUUCUCCUGAAAAUAUUUGGCUGGUAUGAAUCAUGUGAAAGUUUAUAGGGAGCGAAUUUGAGACGUGUUACGAUGCAACAUUAGCAGUUUUUGAGUCAAGUGAAGCAGAAAGCUUUUUUUUUUUUGUCACGUUGAAAAAUUCUUGCCAAUUGUUGACUUCUUAUCUACAGGCCUUCCCACGUCUUUAGUGGUUUAGGACCUUUUGAUGUGUACAUUUUGAGUUUGAUGCUGAGAUGAGGGGAAAUCCUUAAGCCGCCCAUCAAUGCAACUUCAUCAGAGUUCCUAAUGCAUUUCUGUGUUGUUGUUCAUACUUAGGCAACACAACUCAUCUUACAU